AUGUCACAAUCACUAGCUCCAGAGUGUAAUGAAAUCAAAGAGCGAUACGACACCUGCUUUCUAAAAUGGUACAGCGAAAAAUACCUACGCGGGAUUGGCACGACAGACAACAAUGAAUGUGCGGGCUUGUUCAAGGAGUACAGCACAUGCUUGCAAGGAGCAUUGAAGGAACGCGGAAUAGACAAAUUGCUUGAAGAAGCCCGGGAAGACAAUAAGGAAAACGAUACAGCGCUGAUGGGGAAAAAGAAGUGUAAGUUAUCUGAGACUCGUGGAUUACGCCAACGCUAA